AUGGCCACUGCCAAGAGACGACUGCUGAUCUUGUGGAGGGGUGCGAUAGGUAGGCUUUGUUCAAGAGACCGGUUGGCCGGAGAAGGAAAGAGAAAGUUGCAAACAAUCAUCUCAAAAGAAGGUUUGGGUUACACCAGGGCCAACACAAAAAAAUUAAAAAACCAACCGCCACAGCAGCACCUAGACUUCAACCACCACAUUCACAGUCCACCAAACCAGCACACGACCACCUCACUCAUUACCACCAUGGGAUUCGUCACGCAACAUCUCGGGAAACAGCCGGACUCUUACAGCAAGAAAAAGAAUUAUAUCUUCGAAGAUGUACUCGGCUCCGGGAGCUUCGGAUUCGUUAAAAAGGCCGUCUGGAUCCCCCACGGAAACUUGCCCGUCGCAAUCAAAUGUAUCAAGAAAAAAACUUUGCAUGGUAACGAACAGGUUGUUCAUGAUGAAAUUAAGGUCCUCAAGGGCUUGAAUCACCCCAACGUCGUCAAGCUUUACGAUUGGUUCGAAUCGCGUGAUAAAUUCUACUUGGUUUUCGAACUAGCGUCGGGUGGCGAGCUGUUCCAAAGGAUAUACGACCAAGGCAAGUUUACCGAGGCCGAUGCGAUCAAGGUCAUCCGAGCCACGCUCUCCGGGAUCGCCUACCUCCACUCGCACCAGAUCGUCCAUCGGGACCUCAAGCCGGAGAAUCUGCUCUACAAGACCCGGGCCGAACUCAACCCGGCCGCCAGCGAGCUGCUCCGUCCCAAGAGCUCCAUCCUCUCCGGCGCAUCCAAUCCGUCAUCGAAGGCCGCCCAACUCGACCCCCAGAACGACGACCAGCUCGUCAUCGCCGACUUCGGCAUCGCCACCGCCAUGUCCUCCGAUAACGAGCCCCUGACCACCAUGUGUGGCAGCCCUGGCUAUGCUGCCCCUGAAAUCUUGAACAACCAAGGACACGGUAAACCAGUGGAUUUAUGGAGUAUCGGUGUGAUCACCUACACUCUACUGUGCGGUUACAGCCCUUUCAGGUCUGAGAACAGGGCCGAAUUGAUCAAGGAAACGACGAGGGCUAAGGUCGAGUUCCAUCAACGCUAUUGGUCCAACAUCUCCCAGCCGGCCAAGGAAUUCAUCCUCGGACUGUUGAAGCCGAACCCGGAGGACAGGAUGACCGCCGAAAAAGCCCUCCAACACCUCUGGUUGACCGGAAAGGUCGAUAGCGAGCAUGAUAUAUCGGACGGAUUGAGGAAGCACUGGAUCCCAAGGAGGCGAUGGAAGUUAGCGAUCAAUGCGGUCCGGGCGACCAAUCGGAUGCGAAGGAUGGGCUCGAGCAGCAGCUCUUCGCCGACGACGAUCGCCUCGUCCGACUCGACCGACUCCAUCGCCAGGUCUUCCUCCGGCCUCUCCUCCUCCGCUUCUUCAUUCAGCCGGUUGAACAUCAACCGUUGA